AUGGGGAAACAUAAGGGUUUGAGAGAUGGUUUUAGGGUGUUGGUGCUCGUUGUCCUCCUUAAUAUAUUACUGGCUGUGGCGAUGGCAGAAAAGGAGGAGGCGACAGCGGCAACAGCGAAAGUGAAGGUAGGUGUGGUUUUGGAUUUUAAUUUUACUUUUGGAAAGAUGGGUCUGAGUUGUAUUUCAAUGGCUCUCGUUGAUUUCUAUUCUUCUCGGAGUCAUUACAAGACAAGAGUAAUUCUCAACACCAUUGACUCAAAUGGCACAGUUGUUGGUGCAGCUGUCGCAGCUUUAGAUUUGAUAAAGAAAGAGGAAGUACAAAGCAUUAUAGGUCCAACAACUUCGAUGCAAGCAAGUUUCAUAAUCGACGUUGGAGACAAAGCACAAGUUCCGAUCAUCUCAUUUUCAGCGACACGACCUUCUCUCACAUCCCAUCGCAGCUCUUUCUUCUUUCGAGUUGCCCAAGCUGAUUCCUUUCAGGUGAAAGCCAUUGCAGCAAUCAUAAAGACCUUUAAAUGGCGACAAGUUGUCCCAAUCUACGUCGAUGACGAGUUUGGCGACGGUAUCAUCCCUUACCUUGUCGGUGCUCUACAAGAUGUAGAUGCAAACGUGCCAUACCAAAGCCUCAUCUCUCCCACCGCCACUGAUGACGAGAUCGACCUGAAACUUUCCAAUUUAAUGACAAUGCAAACUAGAGUGUUUGUGGUGCACAUGUUACCUGACCUUGCUUCAAGACUCUUCACCAUGGCGAGAAAGAAGGGAAUGAUGGGUCGAGGCUACGUUUGGAUAAUGAUGAAUGCUAUCACAAAUGAGUUUGAUUCAAUAGAACCCUCAAUUCUUGAUCAAUCAAUGCAAGGAGUUUUGGGAUUAAGAACUUAUGUCCCAAGAAUCAAACGCCUUGAAUCCUUUAAACGUAGUUGGCAGAGGAGAUUUUUAAGCUACUAUCCAACCAUAGAGGAAAUUCCUGAGCUGAAUGUGUUUGGGUUAUGGGCUUAUGAUGCAGCUUGGGCACUAGCCAUCGCGGUUGAGAAGGCCGGUAUCGACAAUCUUCGAUAUAGCAAGCCCAAUAAUAUUACUUUUACGAACAUGAAAAUGAAGUGUCCAUCAAACUAUCUCCACAACCUCGGCGUCAAUCAAAAUGGCGCCAAGUUGCGAGAUGCAUUGUCAAAUGUUAGGUUUAGAGGGUUAGCUGGUGAGUUCAAUCUCGUCAAUGGCCAAUUACAAUCUUUCGUAUUCGAGAUAAUGAACGUGGUUGGUAACAAUAAAAGGAACGUCGGGUUUUGGUCGCCAAAAACUGGGCUGACGACGAAUCUACGGUACUCAAAUGGAUUGAGACCGAUCAUCUGGCCAGGAGAUAUAGAGAAAGCGCCGAAAGGGUGGGAGAUUCCGACGAGUGGGAAGAAAUUAAGAGUUGGGGUUCCAGUAAAGGAUGGAUUUUGGGAGUUUGUAAAUGUGAUUCGUGAUCCAAAAACAAAUGCAACAAUUGAUGUAGAAGGAUAUUGCAUUGAUGUGUUUAAGGCUGUGAUUGAAGCUUUACCUUAUGCUAUUACUUAUGAGUUUAUUCCUACUGACAAAUCUAAUGCACACCCUGGUGGUAGUUACAAUGACUUGACUCAUCAGCUCUUCCUUGGGAAGUUUGAUGCUAUUGUGGGUGACAUAACGAUCCGAGCCAAUAGGUCUGAGUACAUAGACUAUACAUUGCCAUUCACAGAAUCCGGCGUAGCCACGGUCGUGCCGAUGAAGAGAAACAAGAACACCAAUGCGUGGGUUUUCUUGAAGCCUCUUACUUGGAAGUUAUGGGCUCUUAUAGGUAGCUCCUUUGUGUUCGUGGCCGUUAUUAUUUGGAUACUUGAACAUCGAGUCAACGAGGACUUUCAUGGACGUGUUCUUGAUCAAAUUUGUAACAGCCUUUGGUACUCUUUUUCCACUAUGGUUUUCGCCCAUCGAGAGCGUACAUACAAUAAUUGGACCAAAUUUGUGGUGAUAAUAUGGUUGUUUGUGGUUCUCAUCAUUACACAAAGUUACACUGCAAGUUUGGCUUCACUUUUGACGGUUCAAGAGCUCAAACCCACGGUAACUGAUAUCAAUCAGCUUCUUAAAAAUGGAGAGAAUGUUGGGUAUCAAGGAGGUUCUUUCGUGUACGAGAUUCUUAAGUCGUUGAAGUUCCAUGAUUUCCAACUAAAAACUUAUCAAUCUGCAGAACAAAUGCAUGAACUUUUUCUCAAAGGAAGCAACAAUGGAGGAAUUUCUGCGGCUGUGGAUGAAAUCCCUUAUAUUAAGUUGUUUCUUGCCAAAUAUUGCUCUCAAUAUACUAUUACAGAACCCACCUACAAAGCCGAUGGAUUUGGUUUUGGUUUUCCGAUAGGAUCGCCGUUAGUACCUGAUAUUUCAAGAGCCAUUUUGAAGGUAACAGAGGACGAUAGAAUAAGGGAAAUCGAAAACACAUGGUUCAAGAAGGUGAAAGAAUGUUCGAGUUCGGAAGCUGCUGAAUUAUCUUCCACCCGUCUCACUAUCGACAGUUUUUGGGUACUUUUUGCCAUCACUGCCAGUGUCUCCAUAAUUUCUGUGGUAGUUUACAUUGUCUUUUUUCUCUAUGAAGAAUUGCCGCAGUCUUGGAGAGUAGCUAAUUCUUCCAUCUUGAAAACAUUAGCGGACUUGGGUUCCAAGUUCUUGGGUACAGAUCCCAAAGCUCUAGCUCUUCAAGAAAGUCGUCAACGACGAGAUUGA